AUGUCUCCUCAGCCUCCACCAAACCCCCACGACGUCUUAAUCGCCGGUGCAGGCCCCGUAGGCCUAAUGCUCGCAACAGAGCUCCAGCUUGCCGGUGCAAAAGUGCUAGUCGUUGAGCGCAACCACGACUUCGACACCGCCGGCAAAGCAGGAGGUAUAAACACCGCUUCUGUGGAAGCGCUGCAGCGCCGCGGUCUUCUCCCGGCGCUCCAAGCAGCGGCGCAACAGGCGCUUCCUAGAAUCGCGCCGAAAGUGACUGUCAACGGCGUGAAGACGUCUCCGUACGCAGGUUCAGCGGGCCACUUUGGGGGUAUUACUGUGCCGGCUGCGGCAGUGGAUAUGGGGGAUCCGGUGCUGAGGGGACGAGGUCGUGAUGGGUGGAUCAUGCUCGUGCCGCAGGUUGAGGUUGAGAAGGUGCUUUUUGCCCGGGCUCAGGAAUUAGGUGUUGAUAUUUGGCGUGGGGUGGGCGUGCAGGACUUCCAGGAUGAUGGGGACGGUGUUAGGGUUUGGUUGGAGGGCGGCGAAGUACUUGAGCUGCGGGUGCCGUGGGUUGUUGGCUGUGACGGCGGGCAUAGUCUUGUUCGACGGAUUGGGGGAUUUGAUUUCCCUGGCACAGAUCCUCAGAUCACGGGGCGGCAGGCUGUGGUUGAGAUUGAGGGGGCAGAGAAGUUGAAGCGAGGCUGGCAGUACACAGCGACGGGGGUCUAUGUGUAUGGGCCCAUGCCGGGCUAUGUGCGGACACUUGAGUUCGACGGUCCGCCGGCGAAUAAGUAUGCGGCCGUGACGGCGGAGGAGAUGGAAGGGAGCUUGAGGAGAGUCAGUGGAAUCAACGAAAUUCGGAUCCCCAAAGUGCUGAGCGGUUCGCGGUUUACGGACAAUGCAAGGCAGAGCAGCGAUUAUCGGCGCGGGAGGGUUUUACUUUGUGGAGAUGCCGCCCAUGUGCAUUCGCCGUUGAGCGGACAGGGACUGAACUUGGGGCUUGGGGAUGCGGUCAACCUUGGAUGGAAGCUUGGUGGUGUUGUUCGAGGGUGGCUUCCAGAGAAGCGCCUUGAUACCUACACUAGUGAGAGGCAUCCGAUCGGCAUGAAGGUGUUAGAAUGGACACGCGCUCAGGUUGCGGUUAUGCGAGGCAGUGCCGAAGCGUUUGCUCUCAGAGGCGUGGUGACUGACUUCUUGAGUACUCGAGAUGGCGCCACGCAUUAUGUGAAACAGAUCUCUGGCCUUGGUCAAUCUUACGACCUCGGGCUCCCUGAACCACAUCCAUUGGUUGGAAAGGUAUUGCCAGACAUUGUGAUGGAAGAUGGAACGCGGUUGUGGGAGCAUAUGCAGGAGGGACGAGCCUUGCUUCUUGAUCUGACAGCGGACGUUGAGAUCGCACAGCUGAGUGAGGUCUACAAACCGCGAUUGAAGGCCAUCAGGUGUGCCUUGAAUCAUCAGGCUCUGAAGGCCUUGUUUGUCCGUCCGGAUGGUUUCGUAGCCUGGGCAGGGGAUUGCAAUCACAACACAGGAAGCUUGAAAGAUUCUUUGCGUUUCUGGCUUGAUGCGUGA